AUGACGAGCGAGGUGAUCGAAGACGAAAAGCAGUUCUACUCCAAGGCCAAGACGUACUGGAAGGACAUCCCGCCCACUGUGGACGGCAUGCUCGGGGGGUACGGCCACAUCUCCAGCAUCGACAUCAGCAGCUCCCGGAAGUUCCUGCAGAGGUUCCUGAGGGAAGGCCCCAACCAGACGGGGACCUCCUGCGCCCUGGACUGCGGCGCCGGCAUCGGCAGGAUCACCAAGCGGCUGCUCCUGCCGCUCUUCCGGGCGGUGGACAUGGUGGACGUGACGGAGGACUUCCUGGCUAAAGCGAAGACCUACCUGGGCGAGGAGGGCAAGAGGGUGAGGAACUACUACUGCUGCGGCCUCCAGGACUUCAGCCCGGAGCCCAGCGCCUACGACGUCAUCUGGAUCCAGUGGGUGAUAGGCCACUUGACCGACCGGCACCUGGCCGAGUUCCUGCGGCGCUGCCAGCGCGGCCUGCGCCCCAACGGCAUCAUCGUCAUCAAGGACAACAUGGCCCAGGAGGGCGUGAUCCUGGACGACGUGGACAGCAGCGUGUGCCGGGACCUGCAGGUGGUCCACGGCAUCGUCCGCAGCGCCGGCCUCAGCCUCCUGGCCCAGGAGCGGCAGGAGAACCUCCCCGACGAGAUCUACCACGUCUACAGCUUGGCCCUGAGAUGA